AUGGCUGCCCUUCCGUGUCUAGUGAAGCCCAAGAUCAUCAAAAAGAGGACCAAGAAGUCCAUCAGGCACCAGUCGGACCGAUAUGUGAAAAUUAAGCGAAACUGGUGGAAACCCAGAGGCAUUGAGAACAGGGUGCGGAGAAGAUUCAAGGGCCACAUUCUGAUGCCCAACACUGGUUAUGGGAGUAACAAGAAAACCAAGCACACGCUGCCUAGCGGCUUCCGGGAGUUUCUGGCCCACAAUGUCAAGGAGCUGGAAGUGCAGCUGAUGUGCAACAAAUCUUACUGUGCUGAGAUUGCUCACAAUGUGUCCUCUAAGAACCGAAAAGCCAUUGUAGCAAGAGCACAGCUGGCCAUCAGAGUCACCAAUCCCAACGCCAGGCUACGCAGAGAAGAAAAUGAAUAG